AGGGAGGCAACCUACUCAGUGCCUAUGCGCAAGUGAUCCGGCUCUGCUUGCGGCCCUAUAUAAAUGACAAGCAAAAUAGUUAAUGUUUUCAGUAACUCGUAAGUACGGCACUAAGUCUUUAGUUUGUUUCCAACAAUAACCCAAGAAAUUUUAUCAGAGCUCUUAUAUAAAUAGUAGGUGUAACUUACAGUAGAUAUGAUGGAAGAUAACGUUAGCGACUGCGCCGAAUCUCAGGAGGAUUUUCCACUACAUCUUGAAGAGUCCAUCAAAAGUAUCAUCAAGAAAGAAGGGUUCAUUAAACACCAGGUGACGAGGAAUUUGCUCCCUACUGAAGGCGGUAGUUUUCUCGGCAGACUCUACACAGUGACAGUACAAGGAACGACGAGGGAAGGUGACAAACAGACAGAUAUAUUCAUAAAGCACAUCUUGUCCUGCGAAAAGUUGAAGUCCACAUUUGAUGUACACCACGCUUACGAGACAGAACUCUACGUUUACAAGGAACUGUCGAAAAUAUUUACUGAUCUGCAAAACGACGCUGGUAUAACCGUAGAAGACCGAUUCAAAAUGGUCAAAAGCUAUGACGAAUCCAGUUUAAAAGCUAUUAUACUCGAAAAUGUUUCUUUGAAAGGUUACAAAACUUGCUCCAGGACGUAUGUAGCUUCAUUAGAAGAUGCAGAAUUCUCGAUGAAACAACUGGCCAAGUUCCACGGUCUAUCUUUCGUCCUAGGAGAGAGAAGGCCAGAUUAUUUUUCGCGAAAUAUAAAAGUGAAUCAAGGUCCGUUCAUUUUUAACGAGACAUUCGCUCAUUCAGCUCGGAAUAUCGCCGAAAUUGCCAUUAAAUAUAUUAAAGAGGAAUCGAGGCAGAGAAUGGAGACAUUUUUGAAAUGUUUUAUGACAAAAUGGAAGCGUUAUGCACUGGAUACAACAAAGACAAAGUGUUGUCUGUGUCACGGUGACUUCCGGCUCAACAAUAUUCUGAUGCAACACGAGGACAAUAGACUAAAAGACGUGAUCCUGAUCGACUACCAGCUGUCAUGUUACGGGUGCCCCAUCGACGACCUCCUCCACUUCAUAUUUACUGGAACAGACCAGGAGUUCAGGCGGAAACACUUGACCCAUUUAAAAGACUUGUACUACGCAAGUCUGGGCGAGUUUUUGGGAAAAUUUAAUCUGGAUUGUGAAAAAGUUUAUCCGAGAGAUGAGUUUGAGAAGGAUUUUAAAGAGAGAUUGGAUUUGGGGUUAAUAUACGCGUUGUACUUCCUGCCUUUCUUCUUGGCAGCUGAAGGGGAGAUCCCGGACCUGGCCGAGACCUCUAUUGCGGAUAUGGACUUUAAAGUGCUCGAGGACUUACCGCUUAGGAUGCAGGGCAUCGUGGAUGACUUCGUCUCGUGGGGAUAUUUGUAAAGCCAGCGGCGUCUGAGCAUGCGCUCUAUAGGCUCCCGUGGUUACUACGCAUGUUAUAUUUUUCACUUUUUGUUUGUGCUAUUGAUGAUUUAUUAAAACCUUGUUUAAAAUUAAGUAAUUACUCACAAAAAGGAUUUACUCACAUGCUAAUGCGAUACUUUGACCAAACCCUUGUAUGAUUGAGAAUAUAAGUACAUAAAUACAAUAGUUAGGGAAGUAAGUGAAUCAAUAAGGUAAUAUAUUCCCAAUGUGCGUAGUCAGAGGCAUGCAUCGUAUAAGGUACUAAGAACCCGCGUUCUCUGUGGUCCAGUGGUUGAGCGUUGGGCUCACGAUCCGGAGGUCCCGGGUUCGAAUCCCGGUGGGGACUUUUGGGAUCUCCUUGCAUGAUAGUCUAUAUUUGACUUAAUUCCCUGCAUGUUAUAAUACACAAGACGACCUUUUAAUAACCCGUGUACUAUGGCGGAGCUCCGGACGGCGUAAAGUUUGCGGACGAGUUGAGUGCAAACUUAAAGUAUGGACUAUAUAUAUGCUCAUACUUGUAUGGCACGCGUUUCGCGCCCUCUUUGCCCUUCCAACCUUCUCCUAUUCCGCGGUUAUGAGCUACGUUACGUUAAUUAUAUAGUAUACUGCACUUCCCUAUAUUUGGAGUUUAAUUUCUCUUGGUGUGUGUCUGUGUGUGUGUGUGAAGAGGCUCGGAGUGCGCCACGAGAGGACAGGGCGUGACCUCUCAACAAUGCAAUGGAUUACUCGCCUAUAAUCACUGGUCCGAAGUAUACUCAACUUCUCAAUUUGCCUGCAAAUUAAAUACGUACAGUCGGCUGCUUUUAGUCGGCGGCAUUUAGUUGUAAAUGCCGUGCUACAUGGCCACAGUUAUAUUCAAUAUUCUUUAUUUGCAUCAUAUAAUGGUGUACAAGUUUGUAAGUUACAUAUGAGUUUCACAUCACAGACCCUUUCGGGCACAACAAAAUAGAAAUUUAAAAGAGAGAAGGAUGCUUUUGAAAUAGGAACAUCAGUAUCAUUAAGGUUUUCACUAGUGUUGUAAUAACAUUUAUUAAUUAGAAGUUCUGAAGAUGCAGUCGGCUGGCAUAAAAAAAACGCGCCAAAAAUCUGCUAAUUAGUAACUUAGCAGUAGAUCAGAUCGCUAGAAAUGACCAUUUGUUUACAUCAGUAAUAAGCAGUGGGAUUAACGGCUUCACGUGCCUUUCGAAGCACAGAAUCACCUUAUUUUCGGUCAGUUAAAUGAUUUCAGUCUACAAUAUUCUGAUGUCACACUAACUGAAAUUAACACUAAAGUCGCAGAAAAUUAUCAUUUUAGCCAAAAUGCGAACGGUUGCAAUUGGGUUACAAUUAUGAAAAACGACAGUGACCAUGUUAAACAUACGGGCAUACGUGUGGGAUCAAGAAAAAGACGGUAUCUGUCAGAUAUGGGAUUGAAAUGUCACCUCAUGUCAAGGUACAUUUUUAUCAUUGCCACUUUCGCUUUUCGAAAUCGUUUGCAACUUGGAGCAUCUAUCAUUCUAAUCCAGUUAUGUUUAAUGAGGUAUAAUAUCAAAGCGGCAAUCUGCCCUCUUUUCAUCCGUUUAUGGAACGUAAUGACAUGACCAGUGGGCGGCCAUUUUGCCAGGAACGGGAAAGAGGCCGUCCAUAAAUUACGUGAUAUUGAUGAUUUUGGGAACCAUUGGGGAGAGAGAUGUCGUAGGAUUUCUCUUGACUAAAUCUUGGCGUUUACGAUGCUGUUGGGGCUGCCGAGAUAUUGCGGUAGGUACGUCCGGCAUGUUUACGCAGCCAAGUACAGAUGGCUUCCAUGCCAUCAUUAGGAGAAAAACUGCAUCUUUACUGCACCGGGUCCGGACCAGCUCCAACAGUCUCUUAAACGUGGUGGCGGACAGAUUGACUGCCCCAUUGUGAGGCAUUGGAUUGACAUCCAUGUCUCACACUAGGUUUUUGUCAUGUGAAAUUAAUAUGUGAUUACUAACAUAGUAUAAGUCCCUUACUAACCAUUAUGGAUGUACAAA